AUGGAGGAAGAGAGUUUAACUGUUGAGGGAAAAAUGAGUGUGGGGGCCACGUGUAUGCGGGUAUCACUUAGGGGUCCCACAGGGUUGGACGUUGUGGGCAUCUUAGAAGAUUGGGGUAUCGAGAGAGGGCACACCAUAAGCUACCUGGCUAUGGUGGCAUAUAUAGGUAAACCCUUGGGUGUUAUGUUAGUACUAAGUAAAACCUAUCUUCUGCUUAAGGCCAUAGAGUGA